AAAGAUUUAGAGGAAGGCCAAACACAAAGAUCACGAAUCUCAAGAAAGGGAAGUAUUCAGUCUUCAUUAAGCAGCUGAAGAUUGGACGCCUCUGGGAGCUUUCCUCCCCCGCUUGCGCAUUCUCAAGGUUAGCGGUACGGAACUUUUCAGCUCUUCAGCCCCAUCAAGUACUUUUCCAAGGAAAGUGAAAGUUAGCCGCGGAGAAGAAAGGACUCAUGGAGAUGCACGAUAUCGCCGCCAAGAAAAAGCAAUGCGAAGCCGAGAUGGCGGCAAAGGAGCCAAUACUGGAAGUCAAAGGUGAAGGGAACCCGUACACACUUGCCAAUGUCCCAACACCUGCCGCAGAGGAAGCAGAACCAGGCGACUACACAGGACUUAACAAGGCAUCUGAGGAUAUCUAUUCAAACAUUUCAGAACCAACGAAACGACCAGUCAAACAGAUCCAAGAAGCCAUAAGGCCUUACCGAGUGGCAUGUUUGAUCCUGACCAUGUUGUCUUUGGUGCUGCUGCUGGUCAUCGUCGUGCUGCUCGUGAAAAUGAAAACUGGAUCCAGCGCCUGUCCCAUGAACGCAGUGGGCUGGAAAUCGCCAACCUGCACCGUGGAGCAGUGCAGGACUUUCACUUCUCAACAUCAAGACCGAUGUUACUGCUGCCAACAGUGCCCACCAAGAUGGGUGCGACUGGGCCAGUCUUGUUUCUUCUUGUCCACGUUGAGGCUGAGCUGGGAGGAGAGCCGGAACAACUGUACUGGUGAGGGAGGAUCUCUGGCCGUGGUCAGAAGCCAGAAAGUCCAGAGCUUUCUGACUCAAAAUGGAAACGGCCGUAAAUAUUGGAUCGGUCUGCGUAGCACAAAUGAUACAUGGACCUGGAUCGACGACAACGUGCUGCAACAGAGCUACUGGGGAGCCACCCAGACAACGGGAGAUUGUGGGAUACUGAGCAGCGACAAGCUUGCCGACAACAACUGGAUAACGUCACCUUGCAGCUCAUACACAUACUACAUCUGUCAGAUGCAACUCUGAACAGGAGUUAGCCAGGAGCAUUCUUCCAAGCGUGCAAAUGAAAGCCUUAUAAAUGAUCCAUGCUCUGCAAGUUGGACAUAAAGCACCGUACAUUGUCCGCAGCAAAUUCUAGCAACUUUUCUUUGCUAUUACCCGCUUAACAUUUCGUAGACCGCCUCGCAGUCAUUAAGAAUCAUUAAGAAUUCUAUGUGAAACUAACUUUUCUGUUUUGGAAUGCAAGUAAUUUGACAUUCAUAAAUAUUCAUGUGCUUGAUUUUUUUUUUUUUUUGGUAAAACAGGAAAUUUCCUUCAAAUAUUAGAAACAAUUCUCUUGCAUUAUUUGUACAUGGCCACAAACUGCAACCACAAGAAUGAACAUUUUUGUGACCUUGAUAAUGAAUCGAAACUAAACAUUUGACGAUGUAUUUUGGAUCCUGCUAACUUUGGAUACUGCUUAAUUAAUUGGUCCAAAAACUAUUUGCAAGAAAUAAUGUCUGUGCAGGUGCCGUACAACAACAGGCAAAGCAAUUAAAAAUUAGCCUUGGGCUCAGCCGAACUAAUGUGCUGCGUUUUUUUUUUUUUUCUUUUUAAUGUAAAAUAUGUGACUUGACUGAAUAAAGUUUCGGAUGGCCUGUCAGUGAAUGCUGUAUCACUUUUAAAGUACAAUUCUAAGUGCCUUAUGCAGUGGCUUAAUAGUACUCGACGUGCGAUUCACUCUGAUUUUGCUUCAAUAAAGUUUGAUUGUCAAA